AUGACAAACGGCGGAUCUGAGCAUCCUGCGUCACUGAGAAAGCAAAACACCGAUACCUUCUCGCACAAGAUACAGUCGACCAAACAACGCUUCUCCUCGCCGGCAGCAGCUUGUCCUUCCUUUAGAAUAUAUUACUACGAUGGAGCUGCCGGUUCCAUUCCUUUCGAAUGGGAAUCUCAUCCUGGUACUCCCAAACACCCCUCCUCCGAGCUGCCUCCGCCACUUCCUCUCACCCCUCCGCCGUCUCAUUUUUCCUUCUCAGGCGACCAAAUCCGCCGUAGUUCAAAAAAACCCAUCAAGAAAAUCCUCGCACUAAUCCCCACAAGGCUCUUCUGGUCAUCAUCAGGUGGUCAUAAGAAUAAGGUCAAGAAACUGUCCGCCUCGUCACUGUCUGUGUCGGAGAGAGUGCUGAUCGAUGAGAAUGAGUACCAUCUGUUCAAGUUUCAGACAAAAGGGAAGGUCAUAAAGAGAUUUUCAUCCUUCGACUCUUCUAUUGAUCACCACCUCACCAUACGCAGAUCACAAUCCACCUCUUGCUUCGGAUUUCGUAGAUGUCUCAUCUGUUCACGUCCCUUGGUAGUCUCUUUGAAGAUGGAGUCUUUUGCCAGAGAAGCCUUUUGGUUGAUGGGCUACUUGAAGAGCUUGACUUUGAGUGACACUGGCGUUGUGCUGAAAGGCCGUGACUCUGUGGGGGCCGGGCCCAGUAAUGGUUACACUCAAUUCCAGCCUGGCUAUACAUCACAAUAUCAAACAUGGAAAGCGAGCAGCUACUCGGUGUAA